UGGUCCUCUCUCUGUCUCUCGCGACCAUAUAGGCGGCCGCAGAGGAGACAGCUGACUGGAUCGUCGUACUACCUCCUGCUUGGUUGGAUCCACCAUUUUGCUAGCUUCCCCUUUGAGCCUGUGGCGUGGUUACCCCUCUGUCUGCCUAUCAGCCAGCUUCCAUGGAUUCCACCCUCUUCAUCAUCGGCAUCAUAGGCAACAUCAUCUCAGUUCUAGUCUUCAUAUCUCCUGUCAAGACCUUCUGGAGGAUCGUGAGGAGCGGGUCGACGGAGGAGUUCGAGCCGGCGCCGUACGUGUUCACUCUGCUCAACGCGCUGCUGUGGCUCUACUACGGCCUCACCAAGCCCGAUGGCCUCCUCAUCGCCACCGUCAACGGCUUUGGGGCAGCCAUGGAGGCCAUCUACGUCAUCCUCUUCAUCGUCUACGCCGCCGAUCAAGCCACAAGGGUUAAGACCGCAAAGCUGGCGACAGCGUUGGGCGUUGGUGGCUUUGGAGUUGUGUUUGCAGCCACCACAUUCGCCAUCCGUGAAUUGGACUUGAGAAUCAUGGUGAUCGGAAUGAUAUGUGCCUGCCUCAAUGUGCUCAUGUACGGGUCUCCCCUUGCUGCCAUGAAAACGGUGAUCAACACCAAGAGCGUGGAGUUCAUGCCCUUCUUCCUCUCCUUCUUCCUCUUCCUCAACGGAGGCGUCUGGGCAACGUACGCCGUGCUUGACCGGGACAUCUUCCUCGGGAUCCCAAAUGGGAUAGGCUUCGUCCUUGGUAGCAUCCAGCUGAUCAUCUACGCGAUCUUCAUGAACAGCAAGGCCUCCCAGAGCAGCAGAGAAACAGCGGAAGAUGGAGGGCAGGCUUCGGAGCCUUUUCUGGCCUCCAACGAUGGAUAUGGCCAGGGAGAACCAUCUAGCAGCCAUGGUCGAUGUACGGUCUAAUGGAGUAGAAAACAGGUCUGAAAAACUGUCAAACUUCACAAGUGCGUCCACCAGUAUCCUAGAGAUUAGUGAUUGUUUAUUAGACAUGUAAAGUCUCUUUGAUAUGUGAGUGCUAUUUCUUUUUGGUAAGAUUCGAUGAUGCCCGUGUUGAUCGAAUUACAUUUUAGAA